AUGCCACUGUAUAUCUGCUUUUGUCCCGACGAAUCCGGUGCUUUCGAGAAGAGGGUCGCAGCGAGAGGCGAACACCUCGCGUUAGGGCAAAAGGAUAGAGCUGCUGGAAGAACAGUAUUCGGCCGAGCGUUCCUAGAUGACACCGUUGCCCAUCACACCGAUCGAGCACCUCCAGCAGUUCCCGAAGGUCAUUUAAGUCCCGCGACCAGAGGAUCGACAAUGAUAUACCGGUAUGCGACCCUCGAAGAGGCUUGGAAAAGGUUAAAAUCUGAUCCUUAUUGGGUACAAGGAGUGUGGGAUAAGGGGAAAGUCACAAUCAACGAGCUUGCUUACGGCCCUUCGGAUGAGACAUUGAAGAUGGCGUGA